CCAGACCCACCUGCGCCUUAUCAGGGGCUGGGCAGGGCCUCGCCCAGCCAAAGAGGACAGCACCCUCCUGGACUGUACUCUCCGGCUGCUGGCUCCUCCGUAGCCAUGGGGACCCUGGAGACCCUUUUCGUAUUCAGCGCUCUGUUCCUCUUGCCUGCCGAGGCCCAGCAAGCCACAGAACACCUGCGCCUGAAGCCGUGGCUGGUGGGCCUCGCUGCCGUGGUGGGCUUCCUGUUCAUAGUCUUCAUCCUCAUGCUGGCCAACCGCAUCUGGUGCUCCAAAGAGAGAGCCGAGAGUGAGGAAUCCAUGUUCAGAAUGGAGAUCAGCCCAUACCAAGACAGGGACCUGAGUAAAGAAGGCAAGAGGGAGAAGAAUGAAGAGAAGGAAGAAAAGGCCAAGAAGGAAGGAGAGAGCAACUUGGGGCUGGAGCUCGAGGAGAAAGAGGAGCCCACAGACCAGGAGAAAGCCAAGGACACCGCCAUGUGACCACUGCCUGCCCCCUUCUCCAGGCAGACCCCCCGAGAUGCCUUUUCCACACUAUAAUCAAUGAGUGGGACCUGAAGGCACCGAAGUGACUCCAGCUGGGGUUAGAAUACAGGCAGGCCUGCCCUGCCCCUUCUUGGCACCUUACAUGGUCUCUAUGCACCCUCCUUCCCUAGUUGUCCUGCCUGGUGAUUCUUCUUGCCCUUGGCUGUGGAGAAACUCCCAAGCCCCCACAAUCUCAUGGCUCCCCCUGCUUCGACCCACUGCCUAGUUUCUUUUCCCUCUGCCCGGUAUCUCUUGACCAGAAACUCCUCCCUCCCACAAAGCCUCAGGACCAGGAUGAGCCAGGGGCGACCUCUUGGGGAUCUGCAUUAAAGAAUUGAUCAGAGCCCUUCAGAAGGGCUCCUGUCUUCUCUUGGGACUGGUUCCCCCUGGGGGCAGCAGCUUUGGGUUUGGGGGGCAAUGCCCGGGCAGGUAUGGAAGAUCUACCCUGGGCAGAGUAAACGCACCCCCUGCAAUCUCGAUUUUGCUGGAGUUUGAGCCCCGAGGGCCAUCUCCUGGGAAAUCCUUGUUCCCUCCUUCCCGGUGUUUUGGGUCACUUGACUCUGUUUCUGAGAACUGGUUCUUGGAGUGUGAGGGGCCCCGGGUCCCUGCAUUUUCUUGGGAAGAAACAAACAUUUUCUCCUGUUUCCAGCCUCCCCCAUUUCCUCACUUUCUCUGGAUCCUGGACCUUGCCCUGGACAUUACGUAUUUCUUAAUAAGUUGAAUAUUCUUAAUGAGGACGUUCACAAAGUAUGGCAUUUGGGGCUCUGUUCUGGGGACCGUAGCUGGGGUGGGGGUGGGGGUGGUAGGAUCCUGCCCAAAAGGCUUCUGAGAACACUUCCAGGAUCGUCCACCAGGGGACGAAAAAACCAUACAUACACGUAGAACACACAUAAUAAACACACUAAUAGAUGG